GUUACUCAUUCACUUUUCUAUAUACUCUUCCUGUUUGAAACGACUAACAGUCAAACACAAGAAGUGUUGUUUAAAAUUCAAAUAUACAAAUUAUUAAAAUGGCAGUAAGUAUAUUUCGUUGGUGUUCACCUCUGCUGACAAAUAACCUUUAAUUUUGUGUCAUCAAGCAAAGACAGACGCGCUGUCGCGCCGUUGCCUAGGUAACCGACCUCACGCGAACUGUUGUUGUCAGGGGCGCGUUUACGUCCUGGACGUCGACAGCUGAAGCCAGGAGAAAGGUGGCAGAAUGGCGAGAAAUAAGAGAAACAAGACAAAUUCCGAGUCUUCGAGCAGGGACACGUUUGAAACGCUUCGCAUUGAAUUCAAAACCCCGGCAACCGCUGUUCUUCUUCUGGGAUCACCUGAAGAAGACAUUUUAAUCGUGGCAUGUGAAGCCAUCUACGAAUUUGCUGAGGAAGGAGAUGGUAACAAGAUUAAUUUGAUGGAGCUGGGCGCAUUGGAGGCCCUCAGUCAGCUCGUCAAUCACAGCAACAAGAUAAUCAGACGCAAUGCAAUCAUUGGACUGGGCGUCAUGGCUACCAAUAGUACAGUCAGGAAUACCAUGCGAAACAUUAAUGUCAUUCCAUCAAUUCUUGGCAGGCUGUCACUUGACGACACCGUCAUCCAGGAGUUUGGGACUCUGUGCCUGUCCUGUCUGUCCACGGAACCGUCCUGUAAACUCAAUAUCGUCGACAACAAAGGUCUGCCGCUAUUGCUCAAGCUCCUGUCCAACUCGGAUCCAGAUGUUCAGAAGAACUCGCUGGAGACCAUACACAACUUGGCGGAUGACGAGCAAAUUUGCACCGUUCUUAUGGAGCUGGGCGGGAUAUGUCAUCUACUCGUGCUGAUCAAGUCGCCGUUCGCCGUUAUUCAGCACCUGGCUUUGAGAACACUGCAUAAAAUGGCUGCCAAGUGCAAAGAUACCCAAAGUACCUUCAGAGAAGAAGAGGCGUUUGACAUAUUCAUCGCUAUCCUCUACAAUAAGGAUUUAACCGACCUCCACGCGGAGACCUUGAAGGUUCUCGCCAACUGCAUGAGCGACGCUGAGAGUUUCAAAGUGAUCCUGAAUGCAGGAGGAAUCGCCAUGCUGACGGAAUUUGUCCUGAUGCCCAAAUUGUCCGAAGGCAAUUCCUCGUCUGGGAAAAGCGGUCAUAAUGAAAUCCAGUCCAUGGCUGUGAACUGCAUCGCCAGGGCUGCUCAGAACUCUGACCUGCACCAAUUCCUGCAUGACCAAAAGGUUGAGAAGGUUCUGGUCGAUUUUCUGUCUUGUGCGGCCAACGACAUCGCCAAAACAUACGGCUGCGAAGCUGUGGCCGCCUUGAGCUCCUUCCUGCCCAGCAAAGAUGUCUUCAGAGAUUUAGGUGGUAUACCUGUCGUUGUGCGCUUAAUGAAGGGUAAGAGUACGGUGAUAAGAGACCUUGUUAUCCAGACACUCGCCAACCUCACAUCUGGAAACCAUCUCAAUACUAUGGCGGUAUUUAAGGCAGGAGGACAUAAGAUGCUUGUGCCGAGGCUCUGUGACGCGUGUCCCAAGUUAGUGGCCAAUUCUGUAGCCAUACUCGGAAGGAUGGCGGCACAGGAAGAAAUACGAUGUAAAGUGAUAUCGCAGGGAGUCGUAGCGCCGCUAGUGGAACCUUUAAAAUCCACAGACACCGAGGUCUUGAUCAGUACCUUGCUGUGCAUCUGUGAACUGGCCUUUGAGGAAGAGGCCAGAGCAAAGCUGCUGAGUGCCGGGGGUCUGGAACCAUUGGUCAGUUUGCUGCAUUCCGGUCACAUGGAGGUGCUGCGCUGUGCAUGCAUGGCGAUCAGUGUAUGUGCAAAGGAUGAGCCCACUGCAAUGGAAAUGUGCCAUUUUGGAGCCUUGGAAAUCCUUCAAGAAAUCAACCUGUCAAUCAAUCGUAGGAGCAAGUUCACCGAGUACGCCCUCGUCAGCCUGCUCAAAUACAACCUGUCGCUCAAAUUCGGUCUGCUGGGUUAUUUGACAACUGGCGAUGUCAUCACCAAAGGCUUCUAUGAUACUGGGAAGGUUUGGUUUGGUCAGAAAGUUUUGACCAUAGAAGAACUGUCCAUGGAGCCAAUAAACCAAGAGCGGCCUGUCAUUGUCGUCCAAUCUAAUGAGAUCGAUGAAGCGCAAGAGAAAAAUGAGGCUCAGUCCUCGCCAGAGAGCAACAGGAUCGAUGACGUCUCUUUGCAGUUUCUAAUUAAAGAGAUCCAAGAGUCCGAGCUGCUUUUGAAAGACGAAGAAGAACAAUAUGCCGCAUUGGCAUGGUAUGUAAGCGCUGCCAUGGGCGGACCGAUUGAGAGAGAAGAUUUGGACGCAUUUGCAUGGCUGCAGCAUCUUGCUGAACUCAAACUUCAAGUGAAAUCCAAUGUGAUCCCGAUUGGCAUGAUCAGAAAAGGAAUCCAUUGUCACAGAGCGCUGCUUUUCAAGUACUUGGCUGAUUACUUUGGCUUGAGGUGUACUCUGGUUCGAGGUGAGUACAACCGGGCCUGGAAUGAAGUACUCAUCUACAAACAAGAUCCCUCCGGCGACGAAAACUCUUCACAGCCGUGUUGCUACAUUGUGGAUCUCAUGCACCAACCUGGACGUUUACUGGAGGUCAAUAGUCCUGCUGCUAGUGAUUACCAAAGCCUAUAGAAGGGAGGGGUAUGGGGUAUAGGAAGUAUAAAUGUAUCCAAUUUCUUCAGUAUUUCCUGUUUGGUAACUGGAAACUAUGAGUACGGUCCAAGUUCUGAACUGGUGAAGUGUUUAUUUGUGUGUGAAAAUCUGAGCCACAUGUUCCAAUAAA